AUGGAACACAGGCAGACCUACAGGAACACGCGGAAACCUCUCUUGGAAAACCUGACGAGCGAGUAUGACUUAGAUCUUUUCCGAAGAGCACAAGCCCGGGCUUCAGAGGACUUGGAGAAGUUAAGGCUGCAAGGCCAAAUCACAGAGGGGAGCAACAUGAUUAAAACAAUAGCUUUUGGUCGCUCUGAGCUUGAUACUUGGUACCAUUCUCCCUAUCCUGAAGAAUAUGCACGACUGGGACGGCUCUAUAUGUGUGAAUUCUGUUUAAAGUACAUGAAGAGCCAAAGGAUACUCCGCCGACACAUGGCCAAGUGUGUGUGGAAACACCCACCUGGUGAUGAGAUAGAUCGCAAAGGUUCAAGUGAUGGCAAGAAAAACAAGAUCUAUUGCCAAAACCUGUGCCUGUUGGCCAAGCUUUUCCUGGACCACAAAACAUUAUAUUAUGAUGUGGAGUCCUUCCUGUUCUAUGUCAUGACAGAAGCAGACAACACUGGCUGUCACCUGAUUGGGUAUUUUUCCAAGGAGAAGAAUUCAUUCCUCAACUACAAUGUUUCCUGUAUCCUUACUAUGCCGCAGUACAUGAGGCAGGGCUAUGGCAAGAUGCUCAUUGAUUUCAGUUAUUUGCUUUCCAAAGUGGAAGAAAAAGUUGGCUCCCCAGAACGUCCCCUCUCAGAUCUGGGGCUCAUAAGCUAUCGCAGUUACUGGAAAGAAGUGCUUCUUCGUUACCUGCAUAAUUUCCAAGGCAAAGAGAUUUCUAUCAAAGAAAUUAGCCAGGAGACAGCUGUGAAUCCUGUGGACAUUGUCAGCACUCUGCAAGCACUUCAGAUGCUCAAGUAUUGGAAAGGAAAACAUGUAGUUUUAAAGAGACAGGACCUGAUUGAUGAAUGGAUAGCCAAAGAGGCCAAGAGAUCCAAUUCCAAUAAAACCAUGGAUCCCAGCUGUUUAAAAUGGACCCCUCCCAAGGGCACUUAAAGUGACCUGUUACCUGAGCCAGCGAACCCCAGCAGUAGGAAUCCGUACCCUAGGGAUCUGUCUGU